AUGAAAAAAGGUGAUGCUCUAAUAAAUUUGAAGAAAUACACAUCGGAGGAGGAUUGUCUAUUUUGUUAGAAAUAUGGAAGAAUAACAACAGAUAAAAUAAAUUUUGCCCCUCUCCUUAAUAGAGUAAGAAAUAAUCAAAAUGGCAUAUAGGCUUUGUACACAAAAUACUCAUAAUCUCAAUGGAAUGGAAGAAAAUACGAGGAUUUAUUUUCCACGAAACCAAUAUCAUGGGUAAUUAAAUUCAAAGAUAGAUUGACAUUUGAUGAUUAUGAUGAGUUUCUUAAAAGGUAUUUAAAGGAUAAAUAAUUUGUUUUAUAGGUUUUAUCCAAUGAGUGAUCAACCUAUGAAAUUUGAUUAAUUGUUAGAAUACUAUAAGUAUCAUAAAGAUAUUCCAAGAAUGUUCAUGCCAAGAGUAUCAGAUUUAGCAAUCUAUUUUUAUGAGAAAAAGAAGUAAAUAUAUAUAAGAUUUAUAAUUAGAUAAAUAGAGUAUAGAAAAAUAAAAUUCAUGCUUGGUAUUCCAGUUGAAGAUGCUAGUAAUUGUACAUGUAAUCAUAUAUAAAUAAUUAGAAUAUGAGAAGCUUAAAGAAGAUAUCAAAGUAUUGAAUAGUAUAACUCAAUAAACUCAAGUGUCAAGUCUUUCUGUAUUAAGAGAGAUAUUAAAGUCUAAAGCAAGUGAUGAAAUUAUUGUAAAAAUAUUUAUAUUUAUUAGAAUAUUGAUGCAACAUGGAUGACAAUGACUCAAUAAUAACAAUAAAAAUCAUAAUAUCCUCCUAAUUUGAAAUUACUUAAAUAAUUAAUAUCCAAAAAUACUCAAUUUUGUAAAGACAAAUAAAAUAUUUAUGCGGCAGGAAUAAGUAAAAGAGCUAUUUAGAAGUCUCCUUCAUAAAAAGGUCAUCUUAAGACUUUAAGUAAAGAUACUUCACAAAAGUCCUUAGUUUCCUCCAAUAAAAUUAUUAAUAGUAGCAAUGGAGAUACAGAUUUAUAGAAAUUUUUAAAAUAAUAGAUAUUAACUGUUAAUCAUGCAAAUCCUUGUGUAUUAAGUUCCAAACAAUCUGGAAAAGCUAAUCAUAUAUCAAAUUAUUAAUCUAAAUAAAACAGUAUACAUUACAUUACAAGUACUCGAAGUAUAUCUUCAGAGUAAUUAAAAUUAAUAUAAUCAUAAUAACCUUUAAAAUAAAGUAAUAGUCCUAAUUUAGUAAUUCCAACACAUAAGAAAAGUUAGACAUAAACACAUUAUACAGAGAUAAAUUCUCCUAAUAAACAUUAAAAGUAAUUUUCAAUGAAAAUGCAUACAAAUAUGGGAUAAGAUCUUAAAUAAUCAUUAACUCAUACCAAAUCUUCUGAAAAACUUUUUAAAAUCUAUACAUCCCAAUCAUCUGUACCUCUAUCAGCAAAUAUUAAUAUAAAUAUUAAUCAACUUAAUAUGAAUAAUUUAAAUAUUAAGACUCCAUUUUAAUAAUAUAAGGCUAUGCUUGAAAGUCCUAAAAUUAAUUCAAAAUAAAAAACAUAAUCUAACAUUGAAACAUAAAGAAUUACUAGUGCUCAAAAGAGUGCAAGUUCUUAGAAAAAAACUUAAAUCUCAGUAUAAUAAUUAUAUGUUUAAAAAAUUAAAACAAAAAACAAAACAAUGAAAAAAUGA